GCUUGUCUAACAGUGUCCAAAAUGGCUGCGCUCGUGGGGCUCCGUGCGUGCCUGUCCGCUCUUCAGCUGUCAUCGCCGAGUUUGCUGCAUAGCUCCUACAGGCUGUGUGCUGUGCCCCUCAGCAGGCGGGGUUUUGCUGCUGAAGCUAAGAAGGUUUAUACUCGUGAUAAACCACAUGUCAACAUUGGCACCAUCGGACAUGUGGACCAUGGCAAGACCACCCUUACUGCUGCCAUUACCAAAGUGUUGGCAGAGGCCGGGGGAGCCCGCUAUAAAAAAUAUGAGGAUAUUGAUAAUGCUCCUGAGGAGAAAGCCAGAGGAAUCACCAUCAACGCCUCCCACGUGGAAUAUACCACUGCUAAUCGGCACUACGCACACACAGACUGCCCUGGACACGCAGACUACGUCAAGAAUAUGAUAACGGGCACGGCUCAGUUGGAUGGCUGUAUUUUGGUGGUGGCGGCGACAGACGGACAGAUGCCCCAGACUCGCGAGCACCUCCUGCUGGCGCGGCAGAUUGGCGUUGAGCACGUGGUGGUGUUCGUUAACAAGGCUGACGCAGUGGAGGACAAAGAGAUGCUGGAACUGGUGGAACUGGAGAUCAGAGAGCUCCUCACAGAGUUCGGCUAUGACGGGGAGAACACACCGGUCAUCAUCGGUUCUGCACUCUGUGCCCUGGAGAACAAGCAGCCUGACCUGGGUGUGAAUGCCGUGAUGAAGCUGUUGGAGGUGGUGGAUGAGUACAUUCCUCUACCCAAGAGGCAACUGGACAAACCUUUCCUCCUACCCAUAGAGGGCGUCUACUCCAUACCAGGCCGCGGUACAGUUGUCACGGGAACUCUGGAGAGAGGAGUCAUUAAAAAAGGGGAUGAAUGUGAGUUUGUGGGACACAAUCGCUCCUUCAAAUCUGUCGUCACAGGUAUAGAGAUGUUCCACCAGUCUCUGGAGCGCGCGGAGGCUGGGGAUAAUCUGGGAGCUCUGGUCCGUGGACUCAAACGAGAGGACAUGAGGAGAGGGAUGGUCAUGAGUAAACCUGGAUCCAUCCAACCACACCAGAAAGUCAAGGCUCAGGUGUACGUCCUGAGUAAAGAAGAAGGUGGCAGACACAAGCCUUUCGUCACAAACUUCAUGCCUGUGAUGUUCUCACUUACCUGGGAUAUGGCCUGCCGAGUGUCCCUUCCUGAGGACAAGGAAAUGAUCAUGCCAGGGGAAGACACAAGCCUGAUCCUAACCCUCAGACAGCCCAUGGUGCUGGAGAGAGGUCAACGGUUCACCCUGCGGGACGGAAACAAAACCAUCGGCACUGGUCUGGUCACCGACAUUCUGCCUGUUGCAGAGAGUGACCAGCAUAACUGGGGAUGAGAUGACGGGGGGAGGGGGGGGGGGUGUUUGACAUCUUCAUUUAUUACAUCACACACACACACACACACACACACACACACAGCCUUCAUUCAGUCUGUCUCUCUGAAGUCCUUGUGUCUCUGUGGAGGGUCCUUAGGCUCUGACAUUCACAUAAUAAAAUAAUAAAACUGUAUUUCAUA